CCGGAAAUGAUCAACACCGAACAAGGGUUGUUCAAUAACGUGUUCAAAUCUUGCCCCGGUACAUGUCCAGGCAAAUGGCCAUGUAUGUAUGUAGUGAUGGGCGAAACUACUAAAAUUCAUGAAUCUUUAAAAGCCCUAAUGCUGAAUGCAAACACAUAGCCUUCCCUCCUCCUCAAGCAGAUCUGGAUUAGUUUGUGUUUCGUACAUGGAAGAGAAGAAUGGAUGAUGAAAACAUGACUUCUCCAAACCUACAGGAGAUGAUACUAGAGUAUGCCUGGACUCACAAGAUGAAGGAUUUACAAGAAGUUGUGGACACUUCUUUAUGGAUGGAAGCCAAACAGCAAUAUUAUUCCCUAAAAGAACCAUGGAGGCUACGAGUAGCUACAGCCCAGGCAUACUCCAUCAUAAAGAACAGGGACGUCGGACGUUAUGAAAGGGUGAUUUCCUUUUUGGAGGCAUCGUACAGACUUCUACCCACACUUGUGGUCGCCAUCAAACACAUGAAGAUCAUGUUUGGACUGAAGACAUUGGUAAUUAUGUGGAUGCUUAAACAAGGCCAAGGCAUUGUUCCUAUCGUUGUUAAAAUCCUCCAGUUCUUUCCCAGCAAACUACCUCAAUACCAAGAUCACUGUAGCAAUAAAGAGAUAUUUUUAAUGCAAAAAAAUCAUCUGGACUUCAGGCUCUUCGCUCAAAGUCUUGCAUUGGACAAGAUGAAACUUGAGGAUUACAUUAAGAAUGAGCUGGAGGAGCAGUACGGUGAACAUUAUACCCAGAAAGUAGAGGACAGACUUCUGCACUAUGUACAUGAAUUGGAGAUGAUGUUACCAAGAGAUACCUAUAUAGACCAGAUCUUACGGCAAGAGCAUAAAGUGAGCCAUGAACACAAGGAAAUUUUGGAGAUUAUAGCUCAAGGCUCCACGGCCAUCGCAAGUUCCCUGAGGAUGCUACUGCAAUGGGGUGACAAAAGCUGUUGUCCUCUGAAAUUCUCCUCGAAACCAGCAGUGGCAGCUGUGGUGGAACCUGUUGCUCUCCCAGAGCCUGCCGUGAACAACAUCUCUUUCGGUGCUCCUCCAAGAUCGGAGACGGCCAAAGCUCCCGUAAUGGCCCGGGAAGACGCAUUGUGCCGACACCUUUCCCAAGACAGCCCUCUUCUGUUUCCUAUGGAGCAGCAGGAGAACAGUGGCGGUGUGGGAGACGGUGAGGUCGGAUGUCCCCAACCAAAAGAGGGGUUGGCGAGGGAAGCUGGGGACGGAGAGGCAGUGAUGAAGGCUGACGGUGGGCGCGAUCAGAGGGGACCGGCCCUCCCCACGGAUCAGCAGGCGGAGGAAGGUGGUCCCCAAAGAGGUGAGGAAGCGGAAGGGGGGGACCACACGGAUGUGCAGCUCAGCCAGAGAAGCGAUGACUCUGAACGCGUGUCCUCCUCUUCCUCAUCUUCCUCCUCUUUGCCACAUUUCUGCACCAAACACAAGCGAUGGGUGAGGAGCAUCCUGUCUGAGUGCUCCAAAGAGCGGCAGGCACAAAGAGACGUGCCUCCCUCCCCUCUGCUCUUCCCUUCCUCUUCCUCCUCUUCGUCUCAGGACCUCACCCCCUCCGACCUCAUCCCAUGCGACCUGAUCCAAAAGCCCCCCAACCGUCAGACCCCCUGCCUCUCUCCGGCAACCGCCCAGGGGCCCGGUCUGACCCUGUCCAUGCAUAACCCCUGCCCCACACGGUCUGUACAGCCGCUCUGCCCCCCCGGGGUCCGCCCAGGGUCCCCCAGAGCAGGGGCCACAAACACCUCCCAUCACGUGGCCCCAUCUACAACCCCUUGCACCCCCGUCCCUGAAUGUUCGGCAAGCCAUGAAGCAGCUGCUUCCAGCCCACCAAAACCUGAGGCUCCAUCGUACUCUUCAGACGGGAAGCACGGGCUGACUGUAGGCCUUUUACCAGACGGGGCUCAAUCACAAUUUGCCCCUUCCAUUUCACCAGACGCGGUUAAACCACAAUUGGCCCCUGCCGUUGCACUCCCCCGGUCAGGGCAAUAUCAGCCGGCCCUCGCCUCGACACUGCCUGCACACUACCAGCAAACUGUAUCUGGUAGCGACUCGCCCUCUGUCUGCAGCCUAACACCUGGCCACACAGCGGCCCCCUCACCAGGGCCUUCGAGAUGCGUGGCCGCUCCUGAAAGAGGGUGCCACCUGUCAGGAUCUCCUGCACAGACCCCCGCCUCGCUUCACCAUGCUCCCCCAGGCUCGUCCAAGGACUCUUCUGAAGUCUCGGCCCUGCCUCCGAGCUCCGACCUGCACUCCGUGUCUCUGACCUCGACCAGCGCCGCGAGAGCGACUCCAUGCACUGAACUUCCCCCCGGCUCGAGACCUGCGCUCGCCGCCGCUGUCUCCACGGUGAGUGACGGACCCCCCCCGAGCGUUUCAGCUCAGGUCCCCCGGGCUCCGACGCAGUCCCUGCCACAGCCUUAUGUGAGACUCACCAGACUGCACCCGCUCAGGUACCUCCGGGAGAAGGGGGGGAGAGCUCCUCCAAGCACUGAGACACCGCUUGUUGAGAAGCAGGCCUUGGGUGAUCCUCACGAUGAAGGUGGAGGUGAGGAAGAGGAGGAGGAAGAGGAGGGAGAAGGAGGAGUCAAGUUUCUGUACUUCGAUCCUAACCUUCUCUACUCCGGUGAUGAGUCUUCAUGCAGUGACUCUGGGGCUUCUGAGGACCUGGAUUACAUGCCCUCAAGGAGUCACAAGAAGAAACAAGUGCCUAAUAUGUCACCCGAUAUGUAAUUACUCAAUGCCAACAUAAGGUGACCUAACCCUUAACCAACUCUUUUUGAGUUGUUUAUCUUAUAUAUAUAUAUAUAUAUAUAUAUAUAUAAAUUUGAGGGAGAAGUUUUAUUUUUGAGUGAGUAGUCCAAUCAGUGUCAGUGUGUAUGCGUGAGUGUGCAGUGGAUGGUCCUGUUGCCCAUUGUGACCUUUUGAUGAGAGAAAGGAUUUCACCCAUUCGGUCAAAUACCCCCCCACUCCUGUUUGCAUAGAUUUGCUUGUUGACUCAAAUCGAUUAGGAUCAGAAAAGUUGAAGUCAGGACUCUGACCUGUAGACCUUUCUGAGAAUUUAGGGUUUUAAAAAAAAAGUGUUGAUGUAUGUGUGAUGUUACCCCAAGACAUGAAUGAACGCAGUGUGUGGAAGUUGCUAUGAGUAUGAUUAGCUUUAGCCAAAUAAUUAAGGAUAAUGCGUAUAGAUUUCAGCCAUUUAUUAUUUUGUGUGCUCUAAACUUUUACCAAGAAUUGAAGGAAGUAUGUAUUAUAGUGAACUUUUUAUUUGGUAUUUAGCUUGGCGCUUAUGUGUAUGGAUACAUUGUUUAAUAGCUACAUUUAAAAAAACUAAGGAUUUUUAGAAACCAUCCCAAAGUUUUGAGAGGGGGUGGUACAAAGUUCUAAGGUUGGUUUACAUGGUACAUGGAACAUGUAUUUAUUUAUUCAGUUAGUUUGGGUUGCUUUCUGUUCUUAUCUGUAUAGGUGUUUUCUGUACAUUCCAACAAGGGGGAAAAACAAGAAAUUAAAUUGUACAAAACAAAA